AUGUCACACGCACUAUCAGAAGUCCUAACUCCCACGCUCCUAACCUCUCUCACCAUCCUCAGUAUCUUCUACCCCCUCACCCUAUCUCCUACACCCCCAACCCCCACCCUAUCUCUCGACUACUGCCUCCACGUCCUCUCCUUCCUCUUCCCCCCCUUGCCAUACCUCUAUUCGUUUGCUCUCAGCUACAUCCUGAGCCUCCAUGCCAUCAAUCACCCCACCACUGUCACUUCUGCUCUCACAUGCUUUAUCAUAGCAGUAUGGUAUACUUCCCUCUAUACCCUCUCAGCCUUAAACACACGCUUGGGCAAUGGUAGAAGUCGAGCAGUGGUGUGGAGAGAGCAGAUUGCUGUUGUCACCGGAGGAGCAGGUGGAUUGGGAUGGUUGAUGGCAAAGUUGCUGGAGUUGAGAGGUGCAGAGGUAGUGGUGUGGGAUGUAAGGGAGCCGGACGAGUGGGCAGGGGCAGAUGAAGGAGGGGUGAGGUGGAUGAGUGUUGAUGUCGGUGAUGUUGACGCUGUGGAAAAGGCGUACAAGAGGGUGUGCCACGAGGUCGGCACACCCACUAUCCUGAUCAACAACGCGGGCAUCGUGAACGGCUUGCCUCUUCUCUCGCUCUCUGCAUCCCAAAUCUCCCGCUGCUUUCAUAUCAACACCCUCUCCCACUUCUACACCUGCCGCACCUUCUUACCAUCCAUUCUUUCCUCACCCAAUGGCGGCACAAUCGUCACAGUCUCGUCGGUACUCGGCCACCUGGGCGCCUCACACCUAACCGACUACACCGCCUCCAAAGCCGCAUUGUUGGCUUUCCACACCUCUCUUCGUUCUGAAAUCGCCCAACUCGCAGAGCACGCAUCAUACCCAGGCGCGCACAACACGAAAAUGAUCUUGGUGAAGCCUGGACAAUUGAGCACGGCUAUGUUUUCAACGCUCAAGUCUCCGUCGGAAUUCUUUGGGCCGGUAGUGCAGGCGAGGGAUUUGGCGAGGGAAGUCGUGGAUGCAAUCGAGCAGGGUGGGAACGGGGUGGUAAGUAUGCCUAUGUAUGCUUGGUUGAUUGAGUGGUUGGGCGUGUUGCCGAUUUUGUUGCAGAGGGCUGCUAGGUGGAUGAGUGGAGUGGAUGGGGCUAUGCGGUCGUUUGGGUCCAAGAGAGAGUAG